CUACUUCCACGCCAAUCCCCAAGCCCAAUCCCAAUGUGAUGGCACGUGACUGCCAACGUCCGCAAAAGAUGGUAAAACGAUAUGGCAACCGAACCGCCCAUUCUCUGAAACUGUACACGUAGUCGUGCUCUUUCAGAAGAAAAGGAAGCAUAUUAAUUAGGAAUAGAGGAGCAGCCAGUAACUAACUAUUAGUACUUGGUCCAGUGUCCAACUACGUACUACUGGAAGUUGUUGAAGAAUUUACUAUAUAAUAUAAGCCCAUCGAUCUUCUUCUACAGCCGUAUGUAUAAGCGAGAUUGAUCUGUGAAUUUGGAUUCCUCUAAUUUCAGUUGGGCCUUGAAAGUUGCAUAUAUUGAAGAAGUUGGGAAGACCAGGUUUUUUAAACUCCUAGAGGCAGAGGUUUGGGAGUUUAAGGAUUUUGUUAACCAACUCCAGCAUCUUCCGCAGCUGCAACUGAAACAAUCACCUUUUGAACAACUGGAGCACUUACUAUUUUGAACAACCUCCAGCAGCAACUUUUGCUAGAUCAACUUAUAACCCUUUUGUAGAGCUAGCAUUUUUGCACCAGCCUCCAGUUGAAUGGACUUCAACUAAAAGCAAAGGGCGGGUAAGUUUUCUAGUAAUCUUUGUAUAAGAGUUGUUGAAGAAGACUCGAGGUGUUCAUUUCACGCUUCUGAUUCCAAACGAAACCAGACACCAAAACGCCAUGGACGCUGCCGUUUCCUGCCCUGGUGUCCUUCCCCAAAUGAAGCUCUCCAGCUCCGGCCUCUCCCUCUCUGAUCAUAAAUUCCAGAUUGGUAGGUCUUACGCGAGGUCAAUUGGGGCUCUCUCUUGCAAUAAAGGCUUGCGAAUUGUUCCGAAAAAGCUCAAAUUCUUGUGUUCUGCUGCAUCGAGAGAUGAUGAGAGGAAUGAAAUGGUGUUUGGGGCAUCGCAUUGGGAGAAGAAAAGCCCUGUUGGGGAGACAUUGUGUGUUGCUGCGGGUGUAUGCACUUAUGGUGGGACUGCUGUGGAGUCUCAUCACUCCCACACUGUGGAAGAGAAGGUUGGAGUGCUGCUCCUGAAUCUUGGAGGACCCGAGACGCUUGAUGAUGUUCAACCGUUUCUGUUUAAUCUAUUUGCUGAUCCGGAUAUCAUACGUUUACCAAGGGUGUUUCGGUUUCUUCAGAAGCCAUUGGCGAAAUUGAUUUCUGUGCUUCGAGCUCCUAAGAGCAAGGAAGGGUAUGCUUCUAUAGGAGGUGGUUCACCCUUGCGUAAGAUGACAGAUGAGCAGGCAAAUGCACUGAAAAUGGCUUUGGAAUCAAAGGACAUGCCGGUGAAUGUCUAUGUGGGAAUGCGGUACUGGUUCCCGUUCACUGAGGAAGCAGUUCAUCAAAUUAAGAGGGACAGAAUAACCAGGCUUGUUGUCCUGCCUCUAUAUCCUCAAUUCUCUAUCUCUACAACUGGAUCAAGCGUUCGUGUGCUCCAGAAGAUUUUCAGGAACGAUCCAUAUUUAUCAAGGUUGCCUGUUUCAGUAAUAAACUCAUGGUAUCAACGUGAAGGUUAUAUCAAGUCAAUGGCUGACUUGAUCUCAAAAGAGCUAGAGAGUUUUUCUGAGCCUGCACAGGUCAUGAUAUUCUUCAGUGCCCACGGGGUACCACUAAGUUAUGUGAAGGACUCUGGAGAUCCAUACAAAGAUCAAAUGGAGGAGUGUAUCUUCUUAAUAAUGAAAGAGUUGAAAGCUAGAGGAAUCAAUAAUGAACAUACUCUUGCCUACCAGAGCCGAGUUGGUCCUGUACAAUGGUUGAAGCCAUACACUGAUGAAGUUCUUGUUGAGCUUGGCCGGAAAGGAGUAAAAAGUCUCCUAACUGUUCCAGUCAGCUUUGUGAGUGAGCACAUAGAAACUCUUGAAGAGAUAGAUAUGGAGUACAAGGAAUUGGCCCUCGAAUCCGGCAUUGAGAAUUGGGGCCGAGUCCCUGCCCUCGGCCUUACCCCUUCAUUUAUAACAGAUCUGGCAGAUGCAGUUAUAGAGGCUCUACCACUGGCAGCAGCCACUUCAACCCCAAAGAUUACCUCGGCAGUUGAUCACGACCCUAUGAGAUGGGCUAUCAAAAUGUUCUUUGGUUCAUUUCUAGCAUUCUUUUUGUUCUUUUCGCCAAAAAUGCUAAUGGCAUUCAGGAACCACCUGAUUUGAGGGAAUAUUGCAAUAGUUUACUGCCACAUGUCAUAGAAGCUGCUCCUACGGAUUACAGUACACUAAAGAACACCGCUUCCUUUUUCAGUUGACCGGUUGACCCCCAUACACGGCCUAAAUACAAAACUUCUCUCUAGAACUGGAAUCUUGUACCUUCUUUUGGAAAUGUGUCUUUAUUUCUUUUUUUUCCCUUCCUUUUUUCAAAUAAUUUUAAACUGAUUUUAGUAGGGACGGUGCUUGACAAUAUUGAGCCUGGUUUUGUGGAAAUUAGCUUCUUGCGCUGAGUCUCCGAAAAUGAUACGUGUAUACAGUCCUUGCCAUAUCUAUAUAAUUUUCGAUAGAUGUGUAAUUGGCAUUUUAUGAUGCAGGAUACUUUUAUUGUUGC